UCCAUUUUUAGAAGGACCUCAGGGAAACGGUUGUAUUCUGCUAGUGGUGGUGAACACAAACCAGAAUCUCGCCGGGACCUGGAAACUCCCCGGAGCCGCAGUCGCCGCGGGGCGGCCUGGGGAAGUCAGCAGCGCAGUGGGGGAACCGCAGCCCGGCGGCCCUGGAACCUCCCAGGGCUCUCACUGCUCAGCCAGACCUGCUUACCUGUGGAGAACAAGGAGCCCUGGAAGGUAGAGGAAACAGUAGCCGAAGAUCCAGUGCUGCUUAAGAGGAAUGACGUGCGUUAACUCCUGACUAUCUUCAAACACACUUCUCUGUCGAUUUUAAGAGAUAUUUUUCUGGCUGCAGUAACAUGGCUGGCAGUUAUUUUCUUUCAGGGCAAGAAGAGGUCCAGUCAUUGUUUCUGAGAUGGAAAGUCAGAGCAGAGCAACGAGAAGAAAUGACCACUUCUCCAGUAAGUACAUCCCAGGGUCUGCUAACAUUUGGGGCCGUGGCUUUGGACUUCUCCCAGGAGGAGUGGGAAUACCUAGACUCUACUCAGAGGGCUUUGUACAUUGAUGUGAUGUUGGAGAAUUACAGCAACCUGGUCUUUGUUGAGAACCAUUGCGUGUGUGGUAAAUACGAGAACUUCUUGGAUCAAGACUCGAACUAUAUUAUAUGUCAGCAUGUGAAUAUCCAAGGGAAAUCUUACAAGUAUAAUCAGCUUGGCAAAAUGCUUCAUGAAUCCUCCCAUUCUACACCUUAUGACACAAAUGAUUCUGCAGAAAACUGCAGCAUCUACACAUGUGGUAACCACAGGGAUGCCUCCACUGACUCAUCAAACCUAAACAGACAUAAAAGUGUGCACACUGGAGAAGAACUUUUCAAAUAUGAAGACUGUGGCAAAUGUUUAUGUUCCAAUAAUAGUCUAAAUCCAAGUAUUCACACUAUAUAGAUAGAACACAAGUAU